AUGGCGGGGCCGGGCGGCGACGGGGACCUGCGGCGCCUGCUGAAGCUGCACCGCACCGAGAUUGCCAUGGCCGUGGACGACGUGUUCCCGCUGCUGCACGGCCUGGCCGACCACGACGUGGUCCCUGAGCAUAUCUUCAAGGAGACGCUGAGCCGGGCGGAGCGGGAGGGCUCCCAGCGCGCCUUCCACGCCCUGCUCACCUGGCUGCUGGGCCGCGACGCCGCCGCCCUGGGCGACUUCUGGGCCGUGCUCUUCAAGGACUACAACCUGGAGCGCUACGCCCGGCUCCGGCCCGUCCGCGGCGCCUUCCCCAGAGAGGCGGAGCUGGGUCGGCAGCGCCGUGGCAGGCGUCUGUCCCCCAGCCCCACGGCACCGGCCCCACACAGACCCCAAGGCAAGAGGAAAGCCCCUGAGGAGCGGGACAAGGCCCGGGCAGCACAGCCCUCCCCACGGCACACCACCAGUCCUGGGCCCCUGGCAAAGGCAAAGACUGUGAAGAAGCCGGAGGGUGCAGAUACCCCCCGCACCCCUCGUGCCGGCGGUGAGUGCCAACCCCCCCGGGGCAGCAUCUGCCUGUGCACCCUGUUUGCCCAGAGCCGUGGGCAGGGGGCUGCUCACCCCACUGAGCCCCCCUCACCCGCAGCCCUCCAGGCAGUGGCUGCCUCAGUGCAGAGAGCAGUGGCUGUGGCAGGUGGUGAGGUGCCCAUCAGCCGUGGGGCCAUCGAGGGCAUCCUCAUCAAACACGUGCUGGAGCCAGGCAGCUCCAGGACAGGCAGCAGAGCUGGGGAUGAGCCAUACACCCAGGCUGCCCGCGGUGAGCUGGGGGCCAGGAGCAGAAGCCACAGCCUGAAGCCCCCUGCCCAGCCCAAAGCAUCCCAAAGUAACAGGGAACCCCAGCUGCACCCCCAGGGCCAGCUGCCAGUGCCCACCAUGUACAGCCAGGAGCCUGUGCCCCUCCAGGAGAACGAGGACGAGUGUGCAGCCUGUGGUGACGGCGGUGAGCUGAUCUGCUGUGAUGGCUGCCCCAGGGCCUUCCACCUCACCUGCCUGGUGCCCCCGCUGCCCCGUGUCCCCAGUGGGACAUGGCGAUGCGGCUCCUGUGUGACGAGUGUGGCUGAGCCGGGCCAGCUGCUGGAAGCAGAUGUGGCUGUGCAGCGACCCCCCGAGAUCCCGGGGGAGGAGGGACGUGAUACCCGGCUGGGUGGAGCUGAUGGGAGUGUCUGUAGCCGCUGCUUCACCCAGAUCCUCACCCCCCAGCACUGUCCUGCUCCCAGUGCAGAGCCCAGGGGGCUGCUGCUCUGCACGUCCUGCACACACACCCCGGACAUGGGCAGCCUGGACACCACCACAGCAGCUGGUGACCAACAGGCCCAGGCAGCCAAGGCAGAGGAAGGAGCUCUCAGCAGUGACCCUGUGCUGAGCCGGGAUGAGCUCGAUGCGCUCCUGGGUGAGGGCACAUGGGAUGGGAUCUUGCAGUGGGCAUUCCAGAGCAUGGCACGGCCCCUGGCAGACACACACGGGCUCCUCGCCUAGUGCACACUGUCCCAGUGGCACCACCGACGUCACAGGAGUGCAGAAGCAGCCCCUGGGGCAGCUGUGCCACCGGGGGUACAGAG